UUAUAUCUUUCAUAACAUAGAUGAGAAUCAUCUUUAAACAAAGUUUGGUUAAAAAAAAUAAUUUCAUAUCAUUUCAUGUGUCCUGGUGUCCACUUAUGAGGACAUAGCAUAAUAUAUGAAUAAAGUACAAAAUUCCAUUUUUUUCUUAUGCUCUAAACAAUGCAAUGACAUGAAAAAAUACUAAAUUAAAAAAAAAAAAAUCCCCCCAGGUUUAGGAGGAUAAUAACAACAAAAAGCAUAGAUAGAAGAUAUUACUUGCUGAAUUUGCUCUUUAUUUCAUUCACCCAUCUCUCUCUCUCGGCUGAGAAUCUGAGCAUUAAUUAUAAAGCGAGUGAUCAGUCUGCUGCCUGUAGCUCCAUUAAUAAAACAUCCCGACAAAGGAUUUGAGAAAGAGAGAGCCUUGGUUCAAUUAAUAUUAAUUUCAGUUCAAAGUACUUUAUUUGUAGACUAUGAUUGUUCUGCAUACAAUAUUGUCAAAAUGCCAACACAACACAGAAUACACACACACACACACACACACACACACACACAUUCAAUUUGUUAAUUUUUGCUAUUUUCAUAACUUUCAUAAUUCAUUCUUCUGUAUGCCAUUUUGUCUUUUUAACUUUGUUUUAAUUUCAUACUCAUAUUUUAUUUUAUUUGUUACCAUUACUAGUUUAUUUGCACUUACAUUGCGUAAUUUUUGUCAUUCAUAAAGCACACUAAACUGAAUUUAUGAGUGGGAAAGAUGGGUAAAAAACACUGAGAAUAUAUGACCUCUGUGUCUUUAUAUUGGCCACUUCAAAUUAUUUUAAGUAAGCCAAAUUAUUAAAUGAAUGAACGGACCAAUGACCUGUUGACACAUACUCUUGUGUGGACUGUGUUCAUGUUCUGUAAUGUUCUCCUGCAUCCCACGUGAAAUUUGUGACGUGUCAACCCCUCUAGUGGAGAAGAAUGGCAUUGCAUCCAGCAGCAACCAUAUCCUUGUGGCUGCUCAAGAUAUCUAUGUAAUUUCUGAAGCCAAGCUUGAUGAAAGUGAUGAAUCUUGUAAUGUAUAAGCAUUUCAUUUAUUCUUGGAUGAUGCAAGAAGGCGACGCCCCACCCACACGCUGUAUGCGACUAGAGAGAAUAAUGCGUAAAUAAAGUUGGAAAGUUUUCUAAUAUCCACAUCUACUAGCAUCCUUAUAGACGGCUAUACAAACAUGCAUGUGAAAACUAUUACAACAGGGAUCGACAUUACAAAUCUAAGUCUUUUACAAAGCAAUGAGCUGUUAUCUUACAUAAGGACUGUAGGCUAUAGCUACUGAGGUGAAAACCCAUGCCAAAUAAGAUACUGGAUUGACCUUGAAAUUCUGAAAAAAAUUACUUUAUCCAGUAGCCUAGGAUAUUGUUUAAGAAGGUUCUUGUUUAACUGGCUCUAAAUUAUGAUAGAUUUUCAUGUUGGCACUUCUUUUGGAUUAUUUGACAAGUUAGAAGUGGAACAAUGUGCAUUUUGCCAACACAUGUGUUUUGGUUCCAUGCUCCAUACUUUUCUCAAAGGCCUGUUUUAAUGAGUUAUAUUCAAAUAAAAGGUUUUAACGAGGGUGGAAUGUGCUGUACCCUAUGUAAUCCCCUGACAUAAUCUGUUUGUGGGCCUGCCCCUCUCUCUUUCUUUCUUCCACUAAACACAUGAUUCAGAUCAAGCCCCCUUUUGAGGCUAGGCUAAAUAAACGCACAGAGGAAGAACAAUUCUGGACCAAAGUUCAACCUCAUGCUGUUGCCAGUCCGGUAUUUAUGCUAGUCACCACUUUUAAAACAAGAAAUAUGCAAGAAAACAUAAGUGAAGGACCUUGCUCACUCUUGGUAACACACUGUCACACGACUCCCUGCCAGAUCCGGAAUAAAACCUGCAUUGUUGGGACAUUCUUCCACAUUUCAAAAUAUCUUCAGGACAUCACCAAGGAAAAGACAAUGCUGCUGCAUCCCCAGACUUUUGUCCUUGUUGUCUUCCUUUGGAGUCUCCCACUACUUUCCCUGGCUGGGAAGAUCCUAGUGUACCCUGUGGAUGGAAGCCACUGGCUUAACAUGGACAUUCUGCUACGGGAGCUUCAUCAGCGAGGUCACAAACUGACAGUGGUCCGUUCUGCCAACAGUUGGUACAUCCCAGAGAACACCACACACUACACGCCCAUCACCAUCCAUGUUGAUCACCUCAGCAGCCUGGAGGACCCCAAGUACAUGGCAUCCUUUCUUAAGAGAAACAUUGACAUUCAAAGAGGGGAAGGAUCAGUUUUGUCAUUCAUUGCCCUACAGAAAGAAACCAUCACUCUUUUAGAAGAGUCUCACAAUUCUUCUGCUGAGAUGGUGAAGAUCAUCCUAGAAGACAAAAAGCUUAUAAGAACACUCAAAGAGUCCAAGUAUGAUUUGAUGCUAACCGAUCCUGGUUUUGCAGGAGGGGUCAUAUUGGGUGCAUACUUAGGUCUACCAGUGGUGUUCAACGUACGAUGGAUAACAAACGGAGAGGGGCACUUUGCAAUUGCACCCUCACCGCUUUCUUACAUCCCAACUAUCGGAUCCAGAGUAACUGACAAAAUGAGCUUUGCGAAUAAAAUGAAAAAUCUCUUGCAUUUUGGAAUCGGCCAAUAUAUAGAUCACAUGAUCACAAGGCCCCUUUAUCAAGGAGUUAUCAGCAAAUACAUAAACCCCAACUCCAAUGUCUACACUCUGAUCCAAGGAGCGGAUUUGUGGCUCAUGCGAGUCGAUUUUGUAUUUGAGUUCCCUCGUCCUACUAUGCCCAAUGUGGUCUACAUUGGAGGCUUCCAGUGCAAACCCUCCAAACCUCUAUCAGAUGAUUUGGAGAAGUUUGUCGAGAGUUCUGGAGAGCAUGGGGUGGUGAUCAUGUCUUUGGGUACUCUGCUUGGAAGUCUGGUUCCUGACAUAUCUGAGGUCAUCGCCUCUGCCUUCGCUCGCUUGCCGCAAAAGGUAAUUUGGAGGCACGUAGGGGAAAAGCCAUCUACGUUGGGGAAAAACACACUUAUUGUGGAAUGGUUGCCUCAGAAUGACCUUCUAGGCCAUCCUAAAACUAAAGCUUUUGUCACCCAUGGAGGAACGAAUGGAAUCUACGAGGCUAUUUACCAUGGCGUGCCGAUGGUUGGACUCCCGCUCAUCUUCGACCAAUUUGACAACAUGAUACGCCUGGAAGCCAGAGGGGUGGCUCAAGUGCUUGACGUCGCAACCCUGAAUGUAGAUACCCUAACGCAAGCCCUGAGGGACAUACUGGAUGAAAAUCAACCGUACCAGAAGAACAUGCGCAAAAUGUCAAGUCUGCAUCGUGACACACCGCUUAAGCCAAUGGACAGCGCCAUCUUUUGGCUGGAGUUUGUCAUGAGACAUAAGGGUGCGGCGCAUUUGCGCACAGAGUCCUACAAGCUUCCUUGGUAUUCCUACCACUGCGUGGAUGUGUUAAUGUUGAUAGUGAGUUUGUUUACGGCAGUCUGUCUGAUCUUGGUCUUGAUGAGCAAGGCAUUGCUUAAAGUUUUUGUCAGGAAAAGAAAGGCCAAAAAAGAGUAGACAUCUUUGGUAAUUUUUUUGGCUAUAGGUGAUAUCAUUAAUGCUGCUGUAUGUAAUUUCUGCACCACUUCUAAUGGGUUAAGGUUUGGUUAGUUUGAAUGACCUUGUAGCUGGUAAAUGCUCAACCAUCUGGCUGAAAAAAAAAAACAUCUUUCUCCAUUAAUAAUUUUGCAAGCAAUGUUUAAAUUGUAAAUAUAUCAAUUUAACCAAUGCCGAGUUCACAAAUUCACACUUAUAAAUAAUUGGAUAGAGUAAAAGAGCAUGCGUAUUUGGCGUGCUGACUGAGGGGAGUGCUCUAAGCUUGGAAUUUGGUCCAAACUAAGAGUACUCCCCCCUGUAUACCUGGCUGGGAUAGGAACCAGGGUGCUUGAGCGAUGUAGAAAAAUGUCAAAGAACGUCUGAGAGUCGACUACAUAUAUCUGCCUCCUCUCAUGCUGAUUGGAUAGAUAAUUUGAACGUGUUCCUUUUAAACUUUGUUAGAGGGUUAAUUCACCCAAAAAUGAAAAUACUGUCAUUAAUUACUCACCCUCAUGUCGUUCCACACCCAUAAGACUUUCGUUCAUCUUCGGAGCACAAAUUAAGAUAUUUUUCAUAAAAUCCGAU